AUGCGUGGCAAGAAGGGUUCAUCUUCGAGGAAUUCUCCAUCUUUGCAAGCUUCUGAUAAAUCUCAGAAAAAAGAAUACUCUGUUGUCAGUAAGCAGAGAACAAUAUUUAUUGUUGCUGUUCUUGUUCUUGUUCUCGCUGUUGGUGUCCAGUAUGUCUAUCACUAUUAUUAUUAUUUGCCUUACCAUAUUUCUUUGAAAUCUGGCCUUCCUACUGUUAGUAGUGAUAAUGAUCCGCGAAUGUGGGGCACAUACCUUUCUCAUCUAUAUUUUGGUUUACGAGCUCGGUAUGAAACGUCACCACUUUUUGGUAUGAUGUGGUAUCGACAACAAAAAAUUGACAGAUGGUUUCCCGAAAUACGACAUCACUGCGAACAGGGAAAUGGAGUUUCAAGAUAUGCAUGGACAUUGGCUGAUGGGCGUUCAUUCGGACGACAAACUAUACGCGAUGAACCGUUAGAUAUUUUUACUGACUGGGUAAAUGAUGGACCUGUUUGGACGGCUCGUGUUACUACCGUCUCAAAUGUUGACUCAGAUUUCGCGCUGUUAUUCUACUUUUUUCUACAGGUGUUUUUUAAUUACAAUAUAGACGAAAGUUCCAAACUGCAUGCAUUUUAUAAGCAUGGGGAAUUGGAUUAUUUCACGGGAGAGUCAAAUAUACUUGGGAAUUUCACCGUCAAUAUAGAAACAACUGUAAAUCAUACCUCGAAAUCAUUUCUCGCUAAGAAGACAACACAUCUUUUGGAUAUCAGUACAAUAAAAGACAUAGUGUUGUCUUCAACUGUUAUUGAUCAUUCCCGUCAUCUGCUGCGUCUUCCGAGUGCACAUAUUCCUGAAGGCAGUGUUCCUGAAGAUGAACCUUGCUUCAUUAUAUUGCAGCUCAACAUUCCAUCUAAUUCAUCAACAGAAAUUUCGUUCUCAGUGGAUGGAAAAAAAGCCAUUCGAAGAGACGAUUUUUCAAAUUUGCUUCAAGAAAGAGUUGAAGAGUACGAAAAAAAAUUUGAAACCACUUAUGGCUUGUCAGCAAAGGGAUAUCCAAACUUCUAUCAAAAACUUGGAAGAAUUGCUUUAUCAAAUAUGUUGGGUUCAAUUGGCUACUCUUAUGGGCGAAACCGCGUACAGGGCAAAUAUUCUUCUAAACCUUUACUUUAUGGCCCUCAUUCUUUGCUGUCAACUUGUCCUUCACGUUCUAUGUUCCCACGUGGAUUUUUAUGGGAUGAAGGAUUCCAUCAUUUGCUUUUCAAAAAAUUUGAUCCAAAUUUAUCACUAGAAAUAGUUGCAUCAUGGUUGGAUACAAUGAAUAUUGAUGGUUGGAUACCGCGAGAAAUGAUACUUGGUAAAGAAGCAGAAUUACGCGUACCUGCUGAAUUUAUCAUUCAAAGAGAUACUAUAGCCAAUCCGCCAAUGAUUCUCUAUUUAAUUGAAAAAUACUUAGACAGUGCUCAUGAUAUGAAAAACCAUCAAGAAGUACUCAAAAAAUUUUACCCACGAUUAAAUCUUUGGCAUAAAUGGUUAAAUUCCACUCAGAUUGGAAAAGUACGAGGUACAUAUCGUUGGCGUGGACGGAUAGAAACAGACGUUGAACUAAAUCCUCGGACAUUACCGAGUGGUCUUGACGACUAUCCACGAGCUACUCAUCCUACUGAUGAUGAAUACCACAUUGAUUUGCGUUGUUGGAUGGCUCUUUCAGCUCGUGUCCUUUCAAAGUUAGCCAAACUCGCUGGUGAUUCACAGAAUGAAGCUCUUUAUUCAGCAGAUUAUGAAUACCUGUCAAACGUAGAUCUUUUAGACGAGCUUCACUGGAGUAAAACGAAGAAAAUGUAUUGUGAUUAUGGGCUUCACAGCAAUAAUGUACAGUUGGAGAGGAAAGUAGAUCACAAAAAAAUGAAAUCUGAUCCUAAUUAUAACGUUAAGAAUGAACCGCUGAGACGCGUAGUAAAAAGUGUACCGAAUUUGCAGCUGGUUGAAAAUACUUUCGGCUACAUAUCACUUUUUCCUAUUAUACUCAAAUUACUUCCUCAUGAUUCCGAGAAAUUGCAUGUUAUUUUGGACAAUAUCAAAUCGGAAGGAUUAUGGUCUAACUUUGGUUUGCGAUCCAUUGCACCAUCCUCACCUUACUAUAAAGCUCAUAAUACAGAACAUGACCCUCCUUAUUGGCGUGGUAACAUUUGGAUCAAUAUUAAUUACCUGAUGCUUUCUGCACUGAAAUAUUAUUCUUCAAUCGAAGGUCCGAAUCGAGAAUUGGCGUUCAAUAUGUAUUCGGAAUUACGAAACAAUUUGGUUGUUAAUGUUGCACGAGAAUUUCGAAGAACAGGGUUUCUUUGGGAAAAUUAUAAUGAUGAAACAGGUCGCGGACAAGGUGCUCAUCCAUUUACUGGAUGGUCUUCACUUGUGCUUUCAAUUAUGGCGGAGCAGUACGACUAG